CGCACAGAGUCCGGGCAGGCGGCUACGGAAGCAGUAAGAUAGUCCCUCGGCCGCCGCCCUGGUGCAACCGGGUGCGUUGCCGUGGAGACGGGCAUGGCUGGAUGGAGUGGGGUGCGUUGAGAUGAACUGACCCUGCUGCGCCACGGGGACUGCAGUGGCCCUGGCUUGCUGGCAAGGCGGGUAACCAGUUGAGCCAGGGUGGGCCUGCUCGGGCGUGGAAUCGAGGCCAGGAUUUCGCUGAAGACCCGGCACAGGUGUUUCCUUUCUGUGACAAGACACCAUUGCUAUGGAAACCAAAGCGCUAGGCCAGCCGGGAUUGAGGCUUCGGGAUCCUGACUAGUCUCCCUCCCGAAGACCCUUGCCCGAGGCUUCCCGGAGCGGCUACUUCUGCAUGAACCCGCGCAUCCUCCCGAGGGAAAAAGUUUUCCAUGGACACAGCCUAGCAGAAAGACGCAGCCUUCAUGCUUCGCUGAUUGCUGACCUACCGCCUUGAUGACAGCACCCCUGUGUGCCUUCCCGGUUCAGUUCCCACAGCCCUCAGUCAGCGGCCUCUCACAGAUAACCAAAAGCCUGUAUAUCAGCAAUGGCGCAGCCGCCAACAACAAGCUCAUGCUGUCUAGCAACCAGAUCACCAUGGUCAUCAAUGUCUCAGUGGAGGUAGUGAACACCUUAUACGAGGAUAUCCAGUACCUGCAGGUACCUGUGGCUGACACCCCUAACUCACGUCUCUGCGACCUCUUUGACCCUAUUGCUGACCACAUCCAUAGUGUGGAGAUGAAGCAGGGCCGUACUCUGCUGCACUGUGCUGCCGGUGUGAGUCGCUCAGCCGCCCUGUGCCUCGCCUACCUCAUGAAGUACCAUGCCAUGUCCCUGCUGGAUGCCCACACAUGGACCAAGUCAUGCCGGCCCAUCAUCCGACCCAACAGUGGCUUUUGGGAGCAGCUCAUCCACUAUGAGUUUCAGUUGUUUGGCAAGAACACUGUGCACAUGGUCAGUUCCCCAGUGGGAGUGAUUCCUGACAUCUAUGAGAAGGAAGUCCGUUCGAUGAUCCCACUGUGAGCCAUCCCACCAGCCCCAGCAUUGGAGUCAGAGGUACAGAUCUGUUGCUGAUCCUACACCAAGAUCCAAACUUGAACGUUCUACUUUUGUUGAUACAGAAAAAAACAGAUGAUGCCUUUUAUGAGCACAAGAAAAUAUUUGCGGUAGCUUUUAACUUUAUAAUCCAUUUUUUAAAAGAUUAAACUCACUAAUUUUGAGAUGGCGAAAAUAAAUUUUCUGCCCUGUGAGUGACAGGCCUCCACUGGCCAGUAGAUAGAUUGAGGCAGAUGGUGCCCAGAACAAAGAGGCCAGCACCCAAUGCACAUGGCAGGCCUGGCAUCCUGCAGCCCUCCCCAAAACUGAGUGACCCAGGAAUGAAUCUGCUACAAUUCCACCUCAUUCUUUCACACCCAGAGCCAGAGCCUUAAGCAUCAUGGGUCCUCUUGUGCUUCUCACAGUAAGGGCCCAUCUACUAUAUAAAUUGCCUUCAGGCAGUGAUCCAGGAAUUCUGGGGGGUGCCAGGCCACUUCUGUUCCACCUUCACUACAAGUGGCCCAAUUCUGGUUUUCUAGAUUGGACUUAUGCAUAAAGCAGUUUUCAAAGAAAGCAUUCCACCGUAUAAAUUUUUUUUUUCUUUUUUUGAGAUGGUCUUGCUGUGUCGCCCAUGCUAGAGUGCAGUAGCAUUAUCAUGGCUCGCUGCAGCCACAACCUCUCAGGCUCAAGCGAUUCUCUCACCUUAGCCUCCUGAGCAGUUGGGACUACAGAUGUGCCACCAUGCCCACCUCAAUUCUUUUUUUUUUAAGAGAUGAGGUUUUACUAUAUUGCCCAGACUGGUGUCAAACUCCUGGCCUCAAUCCUCCCACCUCAGCCUCCCAAAAGUGUUGGGAUUAUAGGCAUGAGCCCCUGCACCUGAGUACCACUUUAUAAAAAAAUUUUUUUUUUUAAGUUUUUUGUGAGUGCUAUUGUACAUGGCUAGGUUUCAAAGAGCCCUUGGCCAUCCCUCACCAACCUUUGAUGAAAGGUGGUGUUAGUCCCCUUCUCCAGGGCACAUAAGAAAAACAGGCCUGACAUCAGGGGUUUCUCUCACAGGCCUUGGCGUGGAAGGCUGGAGCUUCAGACCAAGGCACAGCCCUGAAACCUCCUCUUCAUGUGACCCAGAGCCCUGGGAGCAUCACUGUCCUCAUCUGUACAGUGACAGCCCUUUUCUCACAGAGUUGUGAAGAUUCAACAAUGUCUUGGCAUAGUGCCUGGCACGUGGUAUGUGCUUAGCUCAAACAGCAGCUCUCAUCAUGAAUGACAGAUUGUUUCACCCUGCUGGCCCCUGGUUGGCACCCUCAUCCUCCCAAUGGCAUUUCUUCUAUCUGUGCACAGCCCUUUAUUGUUUAUAAAGUACUCUUCCAAAAAGUUACCCUGUGUGUUAAAAAAAAAGUUUAAGUCUUUUCAGACCCUACCUCAGAGAAGGCCUAGAUUUAGAGCCUUUUGGGAGCGUCCAUCUUGUUUAAUCCACGUGAAACCAAAGGGUCCUGAAACAAGAAGCACGAUCCCAGCUUCCCCCAAUCACUUCUAAACAGUGAUUCCAGCCUUGUUUAGAAUCACUAUGAAAACCUGCUCCCCAGCUGACUGCUGGGAUCCAUAACGGGGCAGUGUCAAAGGGACUAACAAGUGGACUCCAACAGCAGGCACUGGAAUUCACGAUUGUUCACAUCCCCUCGGCGCUGAGAACCUGGCUCAAGACCAGCUCUUCUGAUCCAGAGGUUUUCAGCAAACAGCAUUUGAAACAAGCAAAAGCAUGGCUGCUCUGUUUGACACCAAACUGUGGCUCUAGAUUCCAGUGGAAGCCAAGUGCUUUUUCUUUUUUUUUUUUUUUUUUUUGAGACAGAGUUUCAAAAACAUUCUGGCUGUUGUUACCCAGACUGGAGUGCAAUGGCACGAUCCCAGCUCACUGCAACCUCCGCCUUCUGGGUUCAGGCAAUUCUCCUGCCUCAGCCUGCCAAGUAUCUGGGACUACAGGUGCGCACCACCAUGCCCAGCUAAUUUUUGUAUUUUUAGUAGAGACAGGGUUUCACCUUGUUGACCAGGAUGGUCUCGAUCUCUUGACCUCGUGAUCCACCCACCUCAGCCUCCCAAAGUGCUGGGAUUAUAGGCGUGAGCCACCGUGCCUGGCCUAAAUGCUUUUUCUUUUACAGCUGGGCACCUGUAAUCCCAGCUACUCAGGCAGGAGAAUCACUUGAACCUUGGAGGUGGAGGAUAUAGUGAGCCAAGAUUGUGCCAUUGUGCUUCAGCCUGGGCGACAAGAGUGAGACUGCAUCUCAAAAAAUGAAGAAAUGCUUGGGACCAGAAAUAUUUUGGAUUUUUUUCAGAUUAAUAUUUGUUUUACCUGAAGCAAAUAUUAUUUGAGCGUCCCAACUCCAAAAUCCAAACUGCUUAAAUGAGUAUUUCCUUUGAGAGUCAUUUCAGCUCUCAAAAAAUUUUGGAUUUUGAGCAUUUCAGAUUUUUGGAUUUGAGAUCCAUGGGUGGAUCUCAUAUAUUUCACUUGAGGGGGCUGUUGUAGAUGUUUUUUUCCAAUUGCUCAUUGUUAGUAUAUAGAAAUACAAUUGAGGCCGGGCAUGGUGGUUUAUGCCUAUAAUCCUAGCACUUUGGGAAGCCGAGGUGUCCGGAUCACUUGAGUUCAGGUAUUUGAGACCAGCCUGGCCAAUAAGGCCAAAGCCUCAUCUCUGCUAAAAAUACAAAAGUUAGCAGCGCAUGGUGGUGGACGCCUGAUAUCCAAGCUACUGAGAUUAGAGGCUGAGACAGGAGAAUUGCUUGAACCCAGGAAAGCCAAGAUCACAACAUUGUACUCCAGCCUGGGCAACAAAGCAAGACUCCAUCUCAAAAAAAAAAAGGUUCUACGCCUUCUGUACCCCAUGGUUUCUACUCAGAAAUCCACAGGCAUUCUAACUGUUGUUUCCCAAUAGGUAAUGCCUCAUUUUUUCCCCAGCUGCUUUUAAAGCUUUUCUCCUUGGGCCGGGCGCGGUGGCUCAAGCCUGUAAUCCCAGCACUUUGGGAGGCCGAGGCGGGUGGAUCACGAGGUCAACAGAUUGAGACCAUCCUGGGCAACAUGGUGAAACCCGUCUCUACUAAAAUUACAAAAAAUUAGCUGGGCACGGUGGUGCGUGCCUGUAAUCCCAGCUACUCUGGAGGCUGAGGCAGGAGAAUUGCCUGAACCCAGGGGGCGGAGGUUGCGGUGAGCCGAGAUGGCGCCAUUGCACUCCAGCCUGGGUAACAAGAGUGAAACUCCGUCUCAAAAAAAAAAAAAAAGCUUUUCUCCUUGUCUUUGGUUCCCAUCAGUUUGAUUAUGAUGUAUAUGGGCAUGGAUUUCUUUGGGUUGUCCCUAUCAGAGUUCACAGAGUCUCUUGAUCGUCUUUCAGAAAUCUGGGAAGUUCUCAGCUAUGAUUUCUUCAAAUACUGUUUUCUGCACCACACUGUCCUGUACUUCUGUGUCUUUGAUAACAUGAACAUUAGACCUUUUGACAUUA